AUGGAUUGUUUAAAAACUCUACUCGUUGCCAACAGAGGCGAAAUCGCUGUGAGAAUUAUCAAGACCGCAAAGAAGUUGAAUCUUCGUACAAUUGCGAUCUAUACCGAGCCAGACGCUGCCUCUAUCCAUGUUCGCCUAGCGGAUGUCGCCGUUCUCCUCUCUGGUUCUGCUUCAAAGGCAUAUAUUGACGGUGAUCAAAUAAUUCAGAUUGCAAAGCAGAACAAAGCGGAUGCUAUUAUCCCGGGUUAUGGAUUCCUAUCUGAGAAUGCAGAUUUCGCGAGGGCUGUGGCUGCCGCUAGUCUAGUAUUUGUUGGACCCUCCCCUGAGAGCAUCGAAGCUUUUGGCCUCAAGCAUACAGCUCGAGAACUUGCGACGAAGGCCGGAGUUCCCAUCGUGCCGGGAUCACCUGGCCUGAUCGACAGUGAAGAUGACGCUGUGGAUGUGGCUCAGAAGUUGGGGUAUCCAGUCAUGCUGAAAGCCACCGCUGGUGGUGGUGGAAUGGGCUUGCUGACAUGCAAUUCCGAGGCCGAAGUGCGCAAGUCCUUUGCAACUGUCAAGUCGCGAGGGGAAGCAUUGUUCAAGAAUGCAGGCGUGUUCAUUGAGCGUUAUUAUCCAUCGAGCCAUCACAUAGAAGUCCAGGUGUUUGGCAACGGGGAUGGUAAGGCUAUUUUUAUUGGUGAAAGAGAAUGUUCGAUACAAAGAAGGCAUCAGAAGGUGAUUGAAGAAUGUCCCAGCCCUUUCGUCUCCAGGAAACCGGGGUUGCGAACGAGCUUGGGUGAGGCUGCCGUCCGCCUGGCCGAAUCGAUCAAGUAUGGUUCAGCAGGGACGAUUGAAUAUCUCGUCGAUGAUGAAACUGGCGCAUUCUUUUUUCUGGAGAUGAACACUCGCCUACAAGUCGAGCACGGGAUAACUGAACUCUGCUAUGGCAUUGACUUGGUUGAACUUAUGCUAGAUCAAGCGGAUGCCCAGCUUUCUGGGAAGAAGGGGAUUAAAGCAUCUUUCCUUGAAAGCUUACAUGUGGAAGCCCCUUCUGGCGCUGCUAUUGAAGCAAGAGUAUACGCUGAAAAUCCGACCAAGGAAUUCGCCCCAUGUCCUGGAACCUUGCAAACCGUCGAAUGGAAGGAAAUACCAGGUUCGAGGAUUGAUACAUGGGUCUAUCGAGGCAUCAAGGUAUCCUCCAAUUACGAAACAUAUAGACCCCUACUCGCGAAGGUCAUGUACCACUCGCCAGAUAGACAGCAGACUAUAAUGGGAAUGAGGGAAAUUCUAGGAAAAUCACGCAUCUGCGGGCCUCCAACCAAUCUGGAUUUCCUGGUUAAGAUUCUAGAAGAGGAGGCCUUGGUUGCAGGCAACACAUUGACAAGAUUUCUGGACGAUUUCCAGUACACCCCGUCAGCAAUCGACGUCAUUUCGGGCGGCGCCUAUACGCUCAUCGAAGAUUGGCCCGGUCGACCGACCAUAGGAAGGGGCUUUUGUCAUUCUGGGCCAAUGGACCCGCUAGCUUUCCGCAUCGCGAAUGCCCUCGUCAAUAACCCCGUCGGCCUCGAGGCCCUGGAGAUCACCCUGAGCGGUCCGGAUCUACGCUUCCUCGGGCCAGCAAUCGUCUCCCUUUGUGGAGCUCCGAUUGAAGCUAAACUCGAUGGAGAGACUGUUCCAAUGUGGUCAAGAGUCAAGGUAGCCGCUGGUCAGCGUCUGGCUAUCGGUAAAACUACAGGAAACGGAUGCAGGGCUUACCUCGCUGUCUUUGGGGGAUUCCUCAACGUGCCCAAAUGGUUUGGGUCAAAGUCGACGUCUCCAGGUGUAGGAGUUGGAGGUUAUCAAGGUCGGCAGCUUUCGUCGGGCGACCUUCUCACAAUCACAAGCGUGAUUCCGGAAGUCAAUGGUGAUCUCCGUAUACCAGAACACCUUAUCCCCGAUUACCCAAAUCGGUGGGAGCUACUAGCCAUGCCAGGACCCUACGAUGAGGGCUAUCUUACCCCCGAGAGCAUCGAUAUGCUGUUUGAGACUCAGUGGAAGAUUUCACACAAUGCGGCAAGAGGAGGCAUCCGUCUCAUCGGCCCCAAACCACGGUGGGCUCGCUCGGAUGGGGGAGAGGGCGGCGCACAUCCUUCUAAUGUGAUAGAAUACGGAUACGCAAUCGGCUCACUCAACUGGACCGGCGACGAUCCCGUUAUCUUUCCACAAGAUGCCCCGGACUUUGGGGGAUUUGUUAGCAGCCAUACGAUCGUAAAGGCAGAUCUAUGGAGAGCGGUGUCUUUGGCUGAUGCCUUGGAUGCGCGGAAGAACACGGAGAGGUUCGUCGACGAACUGGUCCAUUGCUGCAAGCAAGAGCAUGGGUUCAACGGCGUGAAACCGCUGGGAGGCAUGCCUCCCGAGCAGACUGCCGAGACUCGCGGCAAAGGCGUGGUGUAUCGGAUUGAAGAACAAGGGAACCAGCCUCUUGUGUCUUACAGACAGGCAGGGGACGACUAUCUCCUCAUUGAUUAUGGCCACGGGUCAUUUGACUUGAACCAUCGUUGCAGAGUGACUGCACUUAAGAAGGCGCUCAAUGAAGGAAAAGAGAUCACGUUCUCGAAUGGGCUCAUUUCAACGGUUGGAUGCGGAAAUUCGCUGAUGCUCUACUACGACGGCAUGAAACUCCCUCAGCAAAGACUAAUCAGCUAUCUCUGCGACCUCGAGACCAAACUCGGAGAUCUUAGUCAAGCAAAGAUGCCGAGUCGGCUGUUCAGGCUUCCUCUCACGUUCGAGAGUCAAAGACAAAAGGAUGCCAUUCAGCGCUACAUGGAAACCCAGCGUCCGUAUGCUUCCUACCUUCCAGAUAACAUGGAGUUUGUCGCCAAAAACAACGCUUUCACAAAGGAAGAGUUUGAAAACAUCUUCCUGACAGCCAGCUUGAUGGUCGUCUCCGUUGGAUUCUUCACAGCACUUCCGCUCGCCCUCCCUGUGGAUCCUCGUCAACGCAUGAACUGCCCAAAAAUGAAUCCAAGCAGAGUAUAUACUCCGGCCGGCUCAGUAUCAUGGGGUGGAAGCUGCAUGGCGUUGUACAAUGUCGAUUCUCCUGGUGGAUAUCAACUGACCGGAAUGACCAUACCGGGCGUCGACAUCUUGGGCUCGAAGAAAGGUUACAGCGCCGACAGACCAUGGCUCUUCGAAGAAUUUGAUCAGAUAACCUUCUACCGAGUCUCCGAAGAGGAAUACGAAAAACAGCUGGCGCUGUUCAAUAGCGGCCAAUACGAAUAUCAAUGGGAGGAGGUUGUCUUCGAUAUGGCGGAGCACAACCGACUCUUGCAGGAAACCCGCGACGAAGUAGCAGCCAUCCGAGCACGGCAGCGUAAGGCGCAGGCCGAAAUGGAUAAAGUCGAAGCAGAAUUGCUCGAACGCUGGGCAAAGGAAAGGGCCGAGAGGGGAGUAUCUCAGGACACAAUCGAGAGUUUACUUCAAGACCCUGAGAUCAUCGCAAUCGAGGCGCCCUUGAAUGCCAAUGUGUGGAAAGUCGAGGUCAAACAAGGGGAUAAGCUUGAAGAGAACCAGGUUGUGGUCAUACUAGAAGCGAUGAAACUCGAAAUCGCUGUGCGAGUCGAGCCUUCUGCAGCGGGUGCCACCGUGGAGAAAGUUUUGGCACCUCCAGGAGAACCGAUCGAGGCUGGUAAGCCAUUAUUACUUGUACGCAAAGUCAAGACCUGA